AAGCAAAACAAAAACAAACAUGGAGCUCUACACCAUCAUAUUGUUUUGCAUCUCAUUUUUCCUCCUCUUUCUCCGUCGCUCCUCCGCCGCCCACCGCCUCCCUCCGGGCCCUUUCAACUUCCCUAUAUUAGGCUCCCUCCACCGCCUAGGCUCUCACCCUAACCAAUCCCUCUUUGAGCUAGCUAAAACCUACGGCCCCCUUAUGACUCUCCGCCUAGGUUAUGUCACCACCGUCGUCGUCUCUUCCGCUGAAAUCGCCAAACAAGUCCUCCUAACACACGAUGAGACCUUCUCCGACCACACUGUUCCCGAUGCCGUCGCUUCCCAGCCUAACCACGAGUCAACCCUUGCAUGGGCAGUCGGCGAUGGAAGGUGGCGCAACCGUCGGAGAAUAUGCAACACCCAGUUGUUCACUGUGCAGAGACUCAACUCGCUUCAACACCUGCGUCACCAGAAAGUGCAGCAACUCAUCGAACACAUCAACAAGCAACGUGUUUCCGGAUCCCAAGUCAAUAUAGGGCAACUCACUUUCGCUACGGCAUUGAACUUGAUUUCCAGUACUAUAUUUUCAACGGAUAUCGUGGACCCUGAUUUCAGCACGGCGCAAGAGUUUAAAGAAUUGGUUUGGCGUAUCAUGGAGUAUUCAGCGAAACCGAACUCGUCGGAUUAUUUUCCGAUGUUGAAAAGGUUUGAUUGGCAAGGAAUAAGGAAGCAUAUAAGGCAGUCUUAUUUGAGAUUGCAUGUGAUAUUUGACGUGAUGAUCGAAGAAAGAAUGGAAGUUAGAGCUUCAGAUUCCAUGACCAGAAAUGGCGAUUUCUUGGAUGUUCUUCUUGAUCAAUGCGAAGAGAACGAGUCCUACUUCACUCGCCAAAAUAUCAAUCCUUUGAUCUUGGACUUAUUCAUUGCUGGAAGUGAUACAUCUGCACUAACAACAGAAUGGGCGAUGGCAGAGCUCCUUAGAAAACCUGAAGUCCUAAAAGAAACAAAAAGAGAAGUCAUGGAAGUCAUUGGAACCGAAAGAGCUGUGCACGAAUCAGACAUCGAUAAACUCCCAUAUCUUCAAGCUGUCGUCAAAGAAACAAUGCGCCUCCAUCCUGUGGCUCCACUUCUCCUACCUUACAAAGUCAAAAAGGAUGUGGAAAUAUGCGGCUACAAUAUACCAAAGAACGCUCAGCUUCUGGUGAAUGCAUGGGGUAUUGGCCGAGACCCCAAGUACUGGACUGACCCUCUCUCGUUUCGUCCUGAAAGAUUCCUUGAUUCGAGCUUAGAUUUCAGAGGUCGUGAUUUCGAGUAUAUACCAUUCGGAGCUGGUCGAAGGAUAUGCUCGGGCAUGCCUCUUGCGGUUCGUAUGGUGCAUUUGAUGUUAGCAUCUAUGGUCCAUUCAUUUGAUUGGAAACUUCCUCCUGGAAUCAAUCCACAAGACUUGGACAUGCAAGAACAGUUUGGUACUACUCUCAGGAAAGCUGUACCACUUUGUGUUGUUCCUAUUUAGUUUUUUGGUAUAAAAAAAAAAAAACAAAAUUGGUAGUUUUUU